AUUUCUGUUGCUACAGCAGCAUCUCCUGCGCCUAGCGUUAUAGAGAAAGAUGGAGGAAUAUGACGAUUCUGAGCCUGUAAACGAGGAGCUGCUGCCCUGUAAAAUCUGUGGAAGAAGUUUUUAUUCAAGAGUUCUGAAAAAACACAUCCCCAUCUGCCAGAAAAGCGCAGCAAAGAGAAGGAAGGUCUUCGACUCCAGCAGGCAGAGGGCCGAGGGCACAGACAUCUCCACUGUAAAACCUCUCAAACCAAAGUUACAUGGUUCCUCCAGCACCUCUGAUAAACCUGAACCACCCAAGAAAGCCUCCAGCUGGCGGCGGAAGCAUGAGGAAUUCAUCUCCACCAUCCGGGCCGCGAAAGGUCUAACCCAAGUAAUGAAAGACGGCGGUCCUCUCCCCCCUCCACCGCCUCCGUCCUAUGAUCCAGAUUACAUCCAGUGCCCGUGUUGUCAGAGACGCUUCAGCGAGAACGCGGCGGAUCGCCACAUCAAGUUUUGUAAGGAGCAGGCGGCCCGUAUCUCCAACAAGAGCAAAUUCCCUGGAAGCGACAAGGCCAAGACUCCAGCCAGGACGCAAGUGAGUACUAUCGAGGCGGCACGACGAGAGGCGGCGCAGACCAAAUUCCGCAGAGAUCAGUACAAACCUUCUGCAGUAAAGAAGGCGAAUCCCGUAUCUUCAGCAUCUCCAGUGUCUUCUGCGACCUCCUCACGCCUACCUCAGCGUCCAUCCUACGGACAGGGUGGAGGAACAGGAAUCCCAAGCAAAGGUUCCGCAGGCGCAGCGAGGAACAUGACGACCGGUCUCUCAUCACGAGCUAACUCCACGGGACUUACCAGUCCUCCCUCUGGAGUCACCUCGAAACCUAGAGGCGUGGUCGCCCCCAGCUCGCUGAAAAACACGGCGUAUGGAGCGAAUAAGAAGAAGAUGUACAACGCUGACAACUAUAACUCAAGAAACGAGACGAAAAAUGAGAACGAGGUGGAUUACUCGACCCAGGGGACCAAGUUCUGCCACGAGUGUGGGACCAAGUACCCAGUGGAAUGGGCCAAAUUCUGCUGUGAAUGUGGGGUGAGACGGAUGUGCAUUUAGAGACUGAAAGAUUAAAAAAAAAAAAAAACAAUCCUGAACUUUUACUUCCAUCACACUAGUGCCGGGGUAACUUUCCUUUUUCCUUAUGGAUUUUUAGGCCUUUUUUUAUUUAUUUCCUUUCGUUUUUACACCCUUUUAAUUUAGGUUUGUUAUUGAUGUGCAAUAUGAUUGACUGAAUGAAUUAAUGAACGAUUCCUUUCCGCUGCUCCCGUAUUGAGGAUCACGCAUUGGAUCCUUCGUCCGCAGGCGAGGCUUUAUAUUUAUCCGGGCUUAGGACUGGCACUGAGGGUGCACUGAUACGUGUCCUUACAUUAGUUAGGUUUACUUACUGUCGUGCACCUUCUGUAUUUGUGAGCUCAGCCUGGGAUUCAAAGUUAACCAACAUGAUGGACUACUGAUUUCAAUAUCAGAGACUUAGAAUUAGAAUGAAGUGACUUCUAAAAGUGGAUCAUAUCACCCCCUAUUUAUUCAUAUUUCUUAUUGGUUAAUAGUUCUUGGUAAGUCCUUUCAUCCACACCGAAUGCAAAAUGUACUGAAGGUACAUAAAAUAUGUAGCAACGUUUUGUCAAAGCCAUUCCCAAACGCUUGGUCGUGAUUAGUCGGCAAACGUACUCAGAUGUUCCUGCUAUAAAACCUCAACUAGCCUGAUAUGAUCACGCAACCCAAGCCUUACAGCUUUUCCUUACCCUGGGCUUUUAAAAAGCCUUUGCUGCUUAUCGACCCAAGCUAUGACGUAAACCAGAACGGCCUCGUAUUUGCCCUUGCCGUGUACGCACCCACCGGAGACCGACACUACACUGACCACUGUAUGAACAAAUGUCUAACACAUCCUCCAUCCUGCCUAAAUAAACACUACUGCAUACUGA